ACUACUUAUUCCAGUCACAAUUGAACCGUCGGACGGUAAACAUGUUGCAUUUUGGUUUAAAGCCGUUUGUUUAACAAUUAUAAAGACAAAAACGGUUUGUCUGAGUGUUCAUCAAGCGUAUUGUUGGCGACGACAAUUGUACAGUGAACAGUGAGCAUACUUGUGAUUAUUGUUCAGAGUUUAAAACAUUUACCAGCGUCUAGAAAGGUCUGGAUGCCGUCGGAUGCCUUAACACAUAAUAUUGAUAACCCAGUGCUCCAAUAUAGUGAGUUUCUCACAAAACUUUCUUUGUUUGUUGUUACUGGUUCUUAAAAACAGCUGAUGAGUAAUGUUUGUAAUUUACUUGUAAAUUGUGAAUCGCUUGACAAAAAAAGUGAUAUUUUGCUAAUGUUGGAUAGGAGGUUCUGGCAUAACCUCUCUUUCAGUAGCACAGCCGGCGCCCAACGUAAAAGGGAAUGAACCGAGCCACGAAUUCUGCUACGUAGUUGACGUUUUCGAGUUUUUGUUUUGGUGACAAGUUUUGAAAAUAAAAAAAAAUUAUUGCUCAGCCGUGACGUCACAAUACCGAAAUGGUAUUUAAAUACAAAAUAAUUUCGCAGAGUUCAGAAUAAUUUUCAGAACAAUGUCGACAGGUGAUAAUUAAAGUGCCGAAGAUGUAGACAACGUAAUUUAAGAUGCUGGGAAACAAUCCCAACGAUCGUCGAGUUUAAUUGUUUUUGUUUUGUUGUUUAUUUUCGUUGGAUUACUGAUUGCUGGACGUUCUUGGUAAUUGUGCUGGUUGGCUGAUAUGGAUGUAAAUGUAAAUGCUGGUGCUUAUUAUUAUUAUUGUUAUUAUUAUUAUUAUUAUUAUUACUAUUAUUAUUAUUAUUAUUAUUAGUGAAGUGCGAGAAAAUACAAGGAAUAGCUGCUGAUGGUUUUGGUGCUGGUGGUAGUUUUUCAGAUCAGGAUUAUUUACAUUUCUCAGCGGGAUGACCCGCGGUCUUGAAGGAUCUAUUUCAUAGUCAUCACAGUGGAGUUCUGUUUUAUUGCUGCCUCGGGAGGGGGUGGUCCAAUGUUGGUCCCUCCCGUGGCCCCAGGGGGAACUGCCAGCCGUCAGGUCAGCGAUCCCGGGGUUCGGGGUCCUCACAACUCCGUCCCUGGUUCAGCCACCGCUCUGUGGCCCCUUGCGCCUGCACAAAAUAAUCUACCAGGAAGCCAGCAGUCCCAAGCAACGCCACCCCUAGCUGCCACCCCUGCACCACCACACAAUCAAGGCAUUAAUCGAUACGAGCUGUAUUCCUUAUUUCCAGGAAGUAACGGGGGUAGUUAUGUGGCGACGACAGCAGCCACCCCUGCAGCUACCCCCGGAAGAACAUAUCAUGCGACGACACACAAAGCAGAACGGACAGUUUCAGAAAGUGUAUUCUCAGCAGCAGUGGGAGUGGGAGUUGGGGGCUACACUUGGGGAGCACCAACACCACCACCGGGUUCCCCAUACAGUCCAGUUCCGGGAGUGACCCAGCUGGAGCUGCUGGCGAAGAAUUUGGCAAGCCUAGCGCCGCAUCAUGCCCAGCAGCCGCUGACCCUCCAGGGCGUGGGGGUGAAUAUGGGGGCGAGUGUCCACCAUGCCCAGCAUACCCAGCACACUCUGAACCUAGCUGGACUUCAUCAUCUUCAUCACGGUGAGUCGAUGGUGACGAGUACAUCGACGACCUCGUUUACGUCCAAAUAUAUUGACGAACGUAUAUUAACACUCGGUGGAAUCCAUCAAGGAACUUUCUCUCCGCAACUCUCCCUGGUGACUGCAGGAACACCGACGCUGACAAUCAACAGUUUUUCAUCCCCCAACACCCAGGCGAGCGUGAUGCCAGCUAGCGGAGGACUUUUGGUCCAAGAGUAUCAGCCUGGAAAUCAAAAUAACCAUCAACUGGCCGUUUGUCCGUCCUCGAACAGCGGAUCUUCCGUCCCAUCGGGGACAGCCGCUUGCACUGUCAGCACAGUGAUAGUCCAGGGUGCCCAAACGGGGAGUGCUUUUGUCCAAAGUACCAUGAAGAAGCGCGAGUCGUUCGUUACUGGACAGGCUGCCCAAACUGCUAUCAAAGUUGAGAACAAAACCACCACUAGGCAAUCUUGCAUCUGCAAAAGCACUAACAUCAACAACGGCAAAACAAAAGUCGUCCAUUCAGAGGCGGGAUGCAGCCGGACUUUACCAGUUGUCUCGUCCUGGAACGGUCAAGACACAUCGUCCUGUGCGAAUGCCUUCAACCAGAGCGCCGCGACUAAUCUCAUCAAGCGGGAACCUCUUGCUGCGGUGCCUUGUCAAGUAGCCGAGGUAUCAACGUCUCUUCACGCUACGACUACGGCGGUUAAAAUUGAACCGCUUCCACCCAAGUCCGAGAAUGGAAUAGUCGUCUCUACUGCAGCAGCUAGCGGAAUUCCUGUGGGCAUUGCCGUUGCUCGCCAAAGGUUACAACAUCAUCAGGAAACAUCGUCGACGUCCAUGCGAAAUGUCUCACUGAGUCAUCACACCUCCCAUCAUGCCAGCUAUCAUCACUUUCAGCCGGACAAUCUUGGUUCAACCACGGCCAUGGCGAUGGGCGGCGCGACUUUGGUUCACUGCGGGACUGGAGGGGAAGACCGUUCUGCCCAUCUCGCAAUCCCCUCGGGUGCUGCCUUGGCACCCUCUCUCAACGCUACCCUAAAUUCGGGCCUCAGCAACAUCGGACCUACCGCGCCGGGCGCAUGGCCUCCAACAUUAUGGCAAUACCCCACCACAGCAGCAAUGCCGUCUUUGGAACCCGUUGGGUUUCCCCAUCUUGGCGUUGGCUUGCAAGGUGGGCUGCAAUUGGUACGCGAUCCAACAAGUGGUCAACUUCUACUGAUCCAUGCUGCUGCAGAGCAAAUGCAGCAAGCAGUAGUCUGGCCAAACUACCCUUCAGUGCACAGCACCCCGAAUAUCGGAGCCCCUCCGCUGAUCCUACCUGGACCGGCAACUCCACCAUCUCUUCAGCUACUCAGUGACAUCAAUGGUGCUAGACUAGUUUUAACAGAGAACAAACGGAAGCAGCAAAAUAAUGUUCCUAUUGUUAAAAUCGAAGCCGAUUGUGCUACUCCAAACGCUACUAUCAUCGCAUCUGCAGAAUCGAGUAAAGCUUUGCAAACGGUAACAACAAUGACAGGCUCAUUGGUGACGGACACUCCACUUUUGACGACAUUGCACUACUACCCUCAUGCUCCGACUCUGGUGCAAAUCAGUCAAUCCGAGUCGAUGCAGUGUCGGACGCAGCAACGGAACACCUUCAUCUCAAAAGCAACAUCACCAGUCUCUUGCCUAACACCUCCCCCAGAAGUGGUUCCGACCCACGCAAUAGAGACCCUCGACAACGUACUGAACGUCCAAGACGCUUCAAACCAAACAGAUGCCCCCGAGCCUGAGGAAGAUGCCCAUCCAUCAAUAGAGAUUGACGGACUGCCAAUCAAGCAGGAGCAGCUCUUUUCUUCCUGCCAGACUCCAGCGAGCUGCAAUUUCGAUAUCGUAUCCUCCAGCAUCGAGCAAAAGAGCAAAGUCGACAACGCUGCGGUCGCUCCUUUGCAAAAGGACCCAAAGAUCGAAGCAAUCAGCUCCAUAGACCAGGCUAUCGACAGAGUAGUCUGCAAGUCCACUGAAGAUGAAGAAGUUGUAGACUCAGCUGCUGACGAAGCUAUUAUUAACGAGAGAAUUCGCAGACGUCCUUCCAGAGUUAUUGAGAUUACAGAAGAAAACUGCGACAGCUUCCAUGAAAAUCUCGAGUUCUUUGGAAGACGGAGGGAUCCUGUUGAGCUUUGUCGCAAGCCUCAGUAUUCUGAAGAAAUGUUUAAUGAAGAAAAGCUGCGCGAGUCUAGCUUAAAUGAUAAUUUUGAUGGUGAAACAGAUAAAGAUAAGGAUAAAGAUUGCCAGCAGUCGGUUACUUCUACUUUAAAUGCUUUCGAGGAGGUUAAUAAUGUCGAGGUUGACAAAAUUGAUCCUCAGGAUUCGGAUGUUGUUCAUUCCAGCUGCUCACCUACGGAAAAGUUCAAAUCUCUGGACAUGCCUUCCAUCGAUUGUGAUGAAGAAGAUCAUAGUCUGAAAACCAAGCAGGACUGUCCAAUAACUCCUGACAAGAAUCAUCCAGACAAGCUGAACCGCGGCAUCGAAAAUGUCGUGGAAAAACUCAAGAAAAAUGCAGUCGCGCUGCAAGAUACUUCUGAGAAAUCAAAUGAAGAAGUCGUUGAUGAAAGUAGUAGUGUAGGUGUCGCUAUCAGUACAACGACGCCUGUUGCCAGGUGCUUACCUCGGACACUUACCAACGGUCUGAAGAAACAUAUUUUGAGGUUUUACGAAGAAGAGUCUUCUAUUUUAGAAAAUAUUAAUAGCAAGUCGGUGACUGAACAAAAUGAGUUGAAGAAAGAUUCUGGGUGGUUAGCAAACGGCAAUAACCUCAGUAAUCUUUGUACUAGUACAAAUAAUAAAAAUAAUAAUAAUAAUGAUGAAGAUGAUGAUGAUGAUGAUGAUGAAGAUGAUGAUAGUGUUAAUGAUAAGUCUGAAAAAAAUCAAAGAGAAAAAACUGACAGCGAAAGUUCAGACGAGUCUUGUAAAUUGGACGUGAAAGAACGUAAGAAAAUAAAGUCAAGUGUUGAUCUAAGCGGCCUUGAACUGCUGUCCAAUAGCAUCGCGCAGUUGGAGCAUUUGAAGCCAGAUGGCGCUGACGGUACUAGUGGUUCGGAAGUGGAAGCUUCGCCGGGAAAGCGAAGUGCGAAAAAAGGAAGUCAGGAGAAUAAUAACAAUGUUGACAGUCCUUUGGGGCUGCUUUGUGCGUUGGCUGAGCAAAGAUUCAUGGAAGAAGUUGGGGACCAGAAACGGGAUAAUGGUGAAGAUGAAAAGAAGGGAGAAAAGCGACGUCAUUCUGUGGAUGAUAUUUACAGAAAUGCCAAGAAGACUAGAAAGGAUUUGUUUUACUCUUUCAAUGAUAAGGAUACUAGUAAAGUGAAGAAUUAUGAUUACGAAGCAGAUGAUGAUGCUGAUGAUGAUUGCACAGAUUCGGAGGGUGAGAAUAAAAUUAACGAUGAUAAAGUUUGCGAACUCAAUAUCAAAAUGUUCAAAGAUAAAACCCAACCGUUUAAAAUAGAUUUUCAAGGUGAUUUAAAAGCGCACGAUGAAAUUUCAACAUUUAGGUUAAAAGAAUCCCCCAGAAGUCAUAUUAAAUUGUUGGAUAACAUUCCCAGUGUUUCUCCGGUAUCUGUUUUACCAGGCAAGACUUCGGAGGAGGAAGACAAGAUGGCGGUAGUAGUUGAUUAUGAUACUUCUUCAUCUUCCCCAACUGUGAGAAGCUCCAGUUCUGCUAAACGGAAAGUUGGUCGGCCAAAGAAGUUAAUGUGCACUUCGACGAGCCGUCAUCUGACGGAAACAAUAGUUGCCAAAAAGUCUAGAAGCAAGUCGUUGGUGAGCUGUCUGAUAAGUGCCAAGAACAGACAGAAUAAUAAAUUGAAGAGCCAAUCAAAGCCUAAGGCGAUUAAGCAGACGCCUUUGCACAGCAAGAAUGUUAUCAGUUCGAUUCUCGCUGAGAAGGCCAAGUUGAGUCAGGAAGCCAAGCUUGAGAAACAGGUUAUCAAGUUGAAGCCCAAGUUUAAGCCUCAGAAGGUUAAGGACUGGGAAGAAGUAACUGAAGAAGUUGGUAAGAGCGAGCCAGAGGUCGCUGAACUCGUGGAAGCUCAGUCCGAUGAGCUGGUUGUUGACAAGGAAGUUCAUUGUGAGAAGUCAAAGAAGAAGAAGCGAAAAUCCACCUCUUCGUCGCCUCAGAGGAGGAAAUCCAGUGAGGAGAAGAAAGAGGCCAAGCGUAGAAAGUCUUCCGAAUGCAAAGAAUGCAAAGAGUGCGCUCGCGCUGCAAAAGCUGAGAAAGUCGAAAGUAUUGCAAAUAAAUGCAAGCUGGUGUCGGAUCAUUUGGAGAUUGAUCAGCUGAGGGUGUUGACCGCAAUGGGAGGGCUCUUCUAUGCCGGCAGGCUCAGCGCCGUUCAAGCUCCGGAUAUUUAUGCGAUCACGCUAGAUGGCGAGAGGGGCAAUAGGCCUCACAUUCAUUCCAGAGAAGAAAUCCUCAGAGACGCUAUUGUAGAGGUCUGUCCUACGUCUACUAAGGAACUUGCUCCUGGAACGAGGUUAUGUGCUUACUGGAGCCAGCAGUACCGGUGUUUGUACCCAGGAACUUCCGUCGAGUCUUCAGAACCGGAUUCUGAUUUGGAUGAAAAGUUUGUCAGUGUCGAGUUUGAUGAUGGCGACAGUGGUAGAAUUGCUUUGGAUGAUAUCAGGCUGCUUCUUCCUGAUUAUCCGGUCGUGGAGUAUGAUCCCAAUCCCUUGUUGACGUUGGGUAAGAAAAGGAGACUCAAUUCUAUGAGCGAUGACAAGAGGUCAGAUGGCUCUGGGGUUGCUCCUAGGGAAGACAAGGUUGAGAGCCACGGUGAGAAUGGCAAAGAGCUGGAUGAAAAGACUAUGGAAAAGUACAGGGAGCGCAAGAAGCUGAAGAAACGAAGGAGGGACAAGCUCAAGAGGCUGGUCCAGGUUGUUGAUGGCAAGAAGAGGCACAAAAGGCACAAGUGCUGUGAAGAGCACAGAAAACAUAAACACAGAAAGCACAGGAAGCAUAAACACAAGCACAAUCAUCACUCAGGGCAUAAUGAUAGUCAUUUGAGUGGCGGGGAAAGCUGCUCAGGGGUCAGGACUGAGGAAGAACAUGACAAUGAAAGUGGGAUUAGGAAUGAGCAAGAUCUUCAAGAGAAUGAGGCUCCAGUUGGGAAUGGAGAGGUGGUUAGUGGUGAUCUGGAGAUUGAUGAGGGAUCUCAGGAGGCGCAAUUGGCUCAAGAUCCCCAGCUGGUUGUUAAGGAGAUGGUCGUUGAGGAGAAAAGUGAUAAAUGCAAGAAAAAGAGCAAGGUGAGGGAGAGACAGGAGUCUGUGGAGAGCAGAAGCAAAAUGGCAGCUUUUUUGCCGGCAAGACAGUUGUGGGGGUGGGCUGGCAAGGGAUACAGGAGGCCUGGGGCCAAGGGCAGGGCCAAGAAACAGUUCUUCAAGGCGAUCCAGAGGGGCACCGAGACGAUACAGAUUGGCGACAGCGCUGUUUUUCUGUCUACUGGCCGUCCCGAUAGACCCUACAUUGGAAAAAUUGAGUCCAUGUGGGAAACUACUAGUUCUAAUAUGAUUGUUAAGGUUAAGUGGUUCUACCAUCCUGAGGAAACUGUCGGGUGUCCUGCCAACUUGAAGUAUCCGGGCGCGUUAUUUGAGUCACCUCACAUGGACGAGAACGAUGUCCAGACGAUAUCUCACAAAUGCGAGGUACUUCCUCUCCAAGAUUACACAACAAAGCUCGGGAAAGAGCCUCAUCGUUAUCUCACCAUUUACGAUAACAACGAUAUCUACUAUCUCGCUGGAUACUACGAUCCUACGACAUAUCUCCUCACUCUGCAGCCUGGCGUUGCUUAAAUUACUAAAUUAAAAAUUAAAAAUUAAAAUACAACUAAACAGAUCAAAUUAUGUUACUUAAUUAUCAACAACGCCCACAGUAUCAAUAUUUUACGCUGUAAUAUUUAACUAUUUAAAGUUACAAUUACAAUGUAAUGCAAUAAUUACUGUGGGUGAAAUUAUAAAUAUAAAAUAUUAUUAUUAGUCGUAGAUUUUAGGUUUUAAUUUUAAAAAAUAAUUAAAUUGUAAAUAAUGUAUAUAUUUAUACUGUUUUUAUCAGUUGCUUCUGUAUUACUAGGUCCGUAAUUAUUCCAUAGAAUUUAACUGAAUUGUAAUUGUAAUUUAUAAUUUACAAUAUUGAUUUAAAAGACACCUGAAAUUCUAUUAUACAUAAAAAUAUAUUAAGUGAUAUUAAGAUACGGUGCUACGUAAUCAAUCACAUUAAAAUGCUAUUUAUAUUAAAAAUUAAUAAUUAUAAUUAUCAACUAUAGUUUAUAUUUAAUUUGAUUGUUUUAUUAUUUGUUAUUAUUAAUAUUAACAUUAUUGAGCUUCGUUCUGUUCUAGAGAAAUAUUACGAUUACGUGGAUAAAAUACAAAGUGACACAGUAUGUGCAACAUAUAUAAAAAUAAUAAUGAUAAAGUAUACUUUUUUUUUACAAAUUAUUUUGUAUAAAUCUAAUCGAUCAUUGUUUGAGUGUUAAGGUUGUUUGUUUUAUUUUUUAAAAUUGUAAUAUUAUAUAUUAUUAUAUUGAGUACCGACUUGACAAUUGUACAGUAAGUCAGUUAUAGUUUAUUGGCAGGUAAAUAAAAUUUAUUGAAAUACAAU